AGCUGCAGUGUCUUCAAGCAGCGGUUGGGUAAGGGAAUGCAGCUGUCCGCUGUCCGGGAAGCAUAACCAUAUAUACCCAUACAGACAGCACACGGCCCUUUGAGCUGGACUAGACCUGCCUCCUUCUACUGCCGGAGAAACCCGACACACACACAUCCCGAUCACCGUGGAGCAAAGACUCUAUCCGCAAGGCGAGAGGUAAAGAGCGGAGCCGCGAGCAUGGCUGUCGAAGAGGAAGGGCUACGGGUUUUCCAAAGCGUCAAAAUAAAAAUAGGUGAGGCGAAGAACAUCCCUCCGUACCCAGGUCCCAACAGGAUGAGAGACUGUUACUGUACUGUCAACCUGGAUCAGGAGGAGGUCUUCAGAACCAAGAUCAUCGAGAAGUCUCUGUGCCCCUUCUAUGGAGAGGACUUUUAUUGUGAAAUCCCCCGUAGUUUCCGCCAUCUGUCCUUCUACAUCUUCGACAGAGACGUGUUCAGGAGGGACUCCAGCAUCGGUAAGGUAGCAGUGAAGAAAGAAGACCUCCAGAGGUAUCAUGGUAAAGACACCUGGUUCCCUCUGAGACACGUCAGCGCUGACUCAGAGGUUCAGGGAAAGGUCCACAUAGAGCUGCGUCUCAGUGAGGUCAUCACAGACAGCGGAGUCGUCUGUCAUAAACUGGCCACACGUGUGUUGGAGUGCCAAGGCCUGCCCAUCGUGAAUGGACAGUGUGAUCCGUACGCUGCGGUAUCCCUGCUGGGCCCAUCCAGAUCAGAAGCUAAGAAGACCAAGGUGAAAAGGAAAACCAACAACCCCCAGUUUGAUGAGACUUUCUACUUUGAGGUGACACGACCUCUUAGUCACACCAAGAGACAGUUUGAUGUGGAGGAGGAGGACGUUGACAAGCUGGCUCUGAGGGUUGACCUGUGGAAUGCCAGUAACCUGAAGUUUGGGGAUGAGUUCCUGGGAGGGCUUAGAGUUCCUCUGAGGGCCCUGGGACAAGCUGGGGUCCACGACGCAUGGUACUUUCUGCAGCCCAGGGAUAAUGGAGGGAAGCCGGUGAAGGUGGAUGAGUUGGGUUCUCUUCGUUUAAACAUUGUUUACACUGAGGACCAUGUGUUCCCCUCUGACCACUACGGCCCUCUGAGAGACCUGAUGUUGACCUCGGCUAACGUAAAGGUUGACCAACAGAAAGAGCGGAAGGAGAAAAUGUGGGAUCCAGCACACAGAGCAGCUCUGGCCGAAGCCAGUCGUCGGGCAGAACAGUUUGACCUUGCUCACCCCUCCCCCUCACAGGCUGAGAAGCUGCAGAAGGAGGAGCUGCUGUGCCAGUCAGAGAUCCUGGCGUCCCUGGAGAAGAAGUACAACGACCCGGGUCCGGUCUACGACUGUCUGCUGUGGAACGACGGAGACACCUGGAGGGCUGUGGUAGACACCUCAGAGACUGGAGACCUGUCCAGCUGCACGGUCCUGACCUCCUACAGAGAGAAGCAGGAGUUUGCUACUCUGGGAAACGCUGAGAUGCUCAACUACUCCGUUAACAUCUACGACGAAGGAAACACUCUCUGCAUCGUCACCAGCGGAGGGGCUCAUGGGACCCACGUGGCGAGCAUAGCAGCAGGCCACUUCCCAGAUGAGCCGGAGCGGAACGGCAUUGCCCCUGGCGCCCAGAUCCUGGCGUUGAAGAUCGGAGACACGCGGCUCAGCACCAUGGAGACGGGCACCGGACUCAUCCGCGCGAUGAUAGAGGUGAUCAACUAUAAAUGUGACCUGGUUAACUACAGCUAUGGAGAAGCUACCCACUGGCCCAACUCAGGGAGGAUCUGCGAGGUGAUUGGUGAAGCGGUUCAGAAACACAACGUAUUGUUUGUGUCCAGCGCUGGGAACAACGGGCCCUGUCUGUCUACUGUCGGCUGUCCUGGAGGGACUACUGCUGCUGUUAUCGGCGUGGGGGCGUAUGUAACUCCAGACAUGAUGGUUGCAGAGUAUUCUCUGAGAGAGAAGCUCCCUCCGAACCAGUACACCUGGUCGUCUCGGGGCCCCAGUACCGACGGGGCCCUGGGGGUCAGUAUCACUGCUCCGGGGGGGGCCAUCGCCUCCGUACCCAACUGGACUCUCAGAGGAACCCAGCUGAUGAAUGGUACCUCCAUGUCGUCCCCCAACGCCUGUGGAGGGAUUGCCCUGGUGCUGUCAGGUCUGAAGCAGAACGGUAUCCAUCCGUCUGUCUCCGCGGUGAGGAGAGCUCUGGAGAACACCGCUCUGAAGGUCAACGACAUCGAGGUGUUCGCACAGGGACACGGAAUCAUACAGGCAAGACUCCUCUGUGUUGGACAGGAAGUUGGACAGGAAGUUGGACUGUUGAGGAGAACUAGUGUCUACUGUAUAGUGGAGAACUAG